CGGGCUUCGGUGCCGAUUCUCUCGCUGAAUGCGACAGAUGCGGAUCGUGGCAAGAAUGGCGAAAUCAUCUACAGUAUCCCGGGACCAGAAUCGGAACAUUUCCUCGUAGAUGGAAAUCGCGUCUUUGCUAGACGAGGCACAUACCCACCAUGUUUGGUCCACAGCCACUCAUAUGCUAACCGAUAUGCUUUGAUAUUCAAGUUGCACCCUUCGACGGUUGAUUUUGCACUGAUUGAGGUUGGUGCUACCGCUGGCAAAACUGUGGCUGUGCUUACGGUAACAGAUGAAGACGGGCCGCUAUCAGAUUCGUCCUCUGUGUGGAUAGAGUCCGGUAACGAAGAGAAUGUUUUCGAGCUCAAUGUGCAGAGGCAAUUUUCAAUCCUGAAACUCCUCAAAAACGCCAUCGAUAUGAAGAAAUCCGAGUAUGAACUGGUCUUUGUCGCCAGCGACGGACAACUACCACAACGUCAAGCAAAUGCGACACUGAAGAUCUAUAACGAGGCAAAGCUGACAUUGUCACCAGUGGUUGUCGAACGAGAGCUAAGCGUUUCUAUACCAGAGGACUCACCCGUGGGCACCUUUGUGGCACAAGUGCAUACCAAUUCCUCUGAAUGCGAGUUCACCCUGAAUGGUGAUGCUCCGUUCGAAGUGGAUCGAAAAAGU